CACAGUUUAAGGUAUAAAUAAAACUGCUCUCACAAUACAAUUUAAACAUUUGUCUGUGGCUUGUGUGGUGUCUCCAAUAAAGGAAAAAUGGCCAGACCGGGUUCUGCUUUAAGAAUUGUGAUGAUUGGAAAAACUGGUGUGGGUAAAAGUGCUGUUGGAAACACUAUACUGGGAGAGAAAACAUUCCAGUCUAGACCUUCGUCUACAUCAGUGACAGAGUUUUGUGCAAAAUCCUUUAAAAAUUUGGAAGGCAGAGAAGUCACUGUGGUUGACACGCCUGGUAUCAUUGAUACUGACAGAGCUCCAGAAAUGCUUAAAAGAGAAAUUGUGAGAUGCGUUGAGGUUUCAUGUCCUGGUCCUCAUGUCUUCCUCCUGGUGAUGCAAGUUGGUCGCUUCACCAAUGAGGAGAAAAAUGCCGUAAGAGGUCUGCAGGAGCUGUUUGGUGAGAGGGCCAACCAGUUCAUGAUUGUGUUAUUCACUCGAGGCGAUGACCUUGGAGGCACAAGCAUCCAGGACUAUGUCUACCAGGGGCACCGUGAUCUUCGAGGCAUCAUCCAAAGCUGUGGAAGCAGGUUCCAUGUGUUUGACAACAACAACCCAGACAGAGACCAGGUCAGAGAGCUGUUCAAGAAGAUUGAUGACAUGGUGGCAGCCAAUGGAGGAAAUUACUACACAAAUGAUAUGUACCAAGAAAUAGUGCAUGACAGAAAUCAGGGUAGACCAGGUGAAAUUGAGUACAUAUUUAUUGGACUGCUUAUGCAACGGAUCUUCAAUUUUAUGAGGAUCCUCCAGGAAUAACUUAGCAAUAUCCUGAAUCUAUUAAAGCAAGGUUUUUAAAUAAUAUUUCUUGCCGCUAUGAGAGGACCUGUUGAUUUAUCCAUGUCUGUACUUAUGACACUGUCCAAUGUUUUCAGCUGUGAGAUGUCACCUGAAUGAAAAUGUUUGUUUUAAUUCUGUUAUCAAAGCUGAUAAAGAAAAAUAACAAAUAAACUGGUAUCUUUAAAUUCUUCAGAAGUUACUUUUUAUUUUCAACUUUUCAUUUAAUAAUUUUUUUGUAACAUUUAUUCUUGUGAUUAACCAAUGAAAAGCUGCUCGUACGUGUUCUUAUCCCGAUGUAAUAUUAUGUGCUGUGUUGCUGAUUGCUGUGGGCAGAUAUUAUGUAAUGUUGAUCUAAUCAAACUAUUCUCUGACUAAAAAAAGAAAUUUGUCCAUAAAGAUGCUUAAAUGUGCAAAAUAAAAUACUUGACUUCA